UUUCUUUACUCCGUGGAGAAUAUGAGUUAAACCUUUCUUUGUUUCGAGACUUUUGUAAGUGCUGUACACCACAAACCACACAUAUCUGCUUUGCCGCCUAGCGUGGCGAUAAAAGGGCAGUCUUGUUCCACCAAAAACAAGGAAAUUGUCAAUGCUGAUAUUAUGGUCAUCAUGACCAUCAUCCAAGGCGCCAUAAAGUGACGAUUAUUCUACCGGAAGAAAUGACUUCUUUUAAAUCAAAAUAUUACUCUGGUGCAUAACUAGUUUUAAUGGAAGAGUCUAAAGUAAGUAUGAUGAGAAGGAAAUCAAUUCAAGAAGCAAUCGACAGGGGUGAUUCCUUACCAGCUCCUAUUGAUAGAUCGAAACAAAAUGCAAACAAACGCAACACCGAAUAUCGGGUCAUGAUGCCUUCCGUUUGGAAAAGGCGAACGCAGGAUAUAAUUAUUCAAAGUGGGGCAUACGAGAGAGAACAGUACAGAAGAACAUCUCCACUUCGAAAUAAAGAGAAACAAAAGCGCCACUUGGCGUGCAUAAUGGCGUACGGGAAGGAUAUGCCGGAAACUCCGCGUGGACCGAAAAUUCACCACAAAGCGAGGCGAGGACAGAGUUUACCGGACGAUGUAAAUCCUAUUGACGAUUUGGUACGCGGAAUCCAAGAAAGAAUGGAAUUUCUAAGCGACAUGGAAUCCCUAGGAAUGGGAAAAAAAUAUCGCCCCAUAAUACAACAAGAAAUAGCACAAAAAUUGCGUUUAAUCGAAUCAGUGGACAAACAAAAAUCCAAAGAAAUCCGCAAAGAAAUUAGAGAACUCGAGAAACCUUUGCCAAAACCACUUCCCUUAGGUCCAUUGGAUGAUAAUUAAUAAUUUUUAUAUUCUCAACGCUUUUAUACUUAAACAAUUUAUAUUUUUGAUCACAUUUACAAAGUAUAUUAACAGUAUUCUAAAAACGUAAACUUAAUAAAAUAAUUACUAUUACUGAAAUAUUUUUAUUGAGAAUAUUUAUACAUAUAAUAUUAUAAAUAUACAAAAUACAACGUCUAUAUUCUCUUACUAGUAAAAUAAGAAGAAAAGUAUUAUACGUA